CAAAAAUUAAGCAGAAACCGACUUUCUGUUGUAAACAAGAUAAGAUCCAACCGUUCGUGUUGAUAAGUGUGUGCUCCGGCAACAAUGCUUGUGUUGAUUUCAGCUAUUCUCAUAUGUGCAAUAGAAAGUACCAUUGCAGCAUGUCCACAUGGCUUUGAAAUUAAUGAUGGAACUUGUUACUUCUUUAGCCAUGGAGAGGAGACUUGGUUCGGCGCAUAUGAAUCAUGUAAAUUGUUUGGUUCAAUGUUAGUUGAAGUAAACAGUGCCGACGAGAACAUAUAUCUCUAUAACAAAACUUCUACAUUAGGAGAUUCGAAUUCUUGGUGGAUGGGCCUAACUGACAAACUAGUUGAGGGAGAAUAUGUCUGGGAAACCAGCAAACACGUGCUUGUGGUUGACGAGUAUACAGACUGGGCUGUAGGGGAACCAAACAAUCACCAUGACGAAAAUUGCGUGAAAUUCGCGCAUUCUAAAGGAUUCUUAUGGCAAGAUACAGAAUGUGACGACGAAGAGCAUUACAUUUGCGAAAAACUGGACGAUAGUGGAGAGAUUGUUGGAUAAUCAUGGCGGUGAUGUUGGAAUAAAAAUCGUUUGUGAUUUUUGGAUAAAAAUGGAUAAAAUAUAAAAAAAAAACUGUAAAACUUUAGUAUGGCUUUCUGCUUUCAUCAGCUUUUGAAAAUUGAGAUUCACUACGUAAAUUGUUCUUAU